AUGCAGUCCAUCCGCACCCUCCUCCGCGCCAGCAGCAGAGCUCCCGCAUCAGCCGCCCGCCUGACCACCAACACUACCAGCAUCCGUCUCGCCCGGCCGAUCCACCAGUCGGCAGCACUACAACUCCCCUACAAGGACGACCAGGACCGCAAUUCCCUCAAGCCGCGGGCGCACGAGUACACGGGCAGCGGGACGGACGAGGGCACGGCGGCCAACGAGGACGCGGCCUUCAACCCGGACAAGACGAGCCCCGAGGCCGCCAAGGAGACCGCGGGUAAGGGCAACGACACCAACCCGCUCGAGGUCAGCCCCGCCAACCCGGACACGGCCAAGGCCGGCCGCGGCAAGGAGGACGACAGGCCCCAUGGGGGGCAGUCCAAGGCGAGCCGGGGCGGGGACGCGCCGAAGGCUGGGAAGGUUUAG